AUGGAAACUUUUGAUCCUCUCUUGUAUCGUCGGCGCACACUCACAAACUCGGCUGCCGAGUUUGUGGAAGGGAGAGGGGGGUUAGAAAUCAUCAAUCAAGUGUUGGCAUCGGGAGAUAUCGAAGAGUUCCAUGAUAAUGCGGAGUUCAUCACUGAGAUUGACAGAUUUGCUUCCAAAGGCGUUAAAUUUGACGUUGCAAGAUUCUAUACACAGUCUGAAUCAUCCAUGGAAGCAUUUCGCGACGUGACACUGCGCCGUCUUGUCGCAACUCUCAAAGAGAGGCGAAUUGAGGAGCAGCUAGGUAUCUCCCUGAAAGACCCGUCUGAAUUCAACUUCGAAUAUGUCCUCAGCAUUGUGAAUAAGUUGAAGGAUGCAAGAGAUGCGCCCAACUCCAACUCUUGCAAGAACUUCAUUCGGCGCUGCUUUCGAAAAGUGGAAGACAACAGGGGUGUCAUUGGAGGCAUACUUGAGAUGCUCCCAGGCGACAUUUACGGCUCUGUCCUGUCUGGUGGAUUCAGUCUGAUCCUAACAGCCAUCGAGCACCACGCCGAACAGCGCGAGGCCCUCCAAGGCUUCUUGGCUGCGAUACCCGAGAAGUUGGAGAGUAUACAACGAUUCGCAGACAUCCACCACGCCUCAGCUCGCCUCCAUGUGUGCGCCGAUGCGGUCAUGACUGCCGUUUUUUCUGUCCUUGAGAGUAUUGUGGACAAGAUCACGCGAACCUUGAAAGUGAGACUCGCAGAAAGUACCACGAAGUUUUCCAGGAAACUCUCGAAACUCUCACGAAGAUCAGGGGAUCAGGCGGAUAUCGCAUCCGUUAUUGACGCGCAAGCAUCAAACGACGCUAUCAAGGAUCAGCAGAAGCAACCAAUAUUGGCUGUGGACGACGCUUUGUCCGCUCUUCAGAUGCAGAUAGACCGUUUUCAAAAGGAAGUCGACUUAUGCGGUCAUGAGCGACUUGGGGAGAUCAAGAACGACACUACUGAUAUUAAGAGAGGCCAAGUCGGUCUGGUUCACAUGUUGCAACAAAACAACAGAUGUAGCCAUCUGACCGUCCACGCUUAUCAAACAGUGUUGGGCACAUUGAUACAGGCAAUUGCGUCAUCCGGUCGCGACUUUACCGAAAAGACCGUGCAAAUGCUCUCCGUAGAAAUCAGAGACGCAUUUUAUCGAGUUUGCGCAAGCGAUCCAAGCUUCGAUAACAAAGGUGGCGGGGCAAACCUUCUUGAGUUUAAGCGCAAACAAUACGAACAGGAAGCUGAGAUUAGAAGAUCUUAUGGCGAAACGAACGAACGCAUAGCUGCGGCUUGGCUGAAAGGACUCAAGGCCUUUCCGUAUGAUUCAAAGCUUGAUUUAACCUAUCUGUUUGAACACUUGGAGAUGCUCAGCAGCGAUGAAAAGAACGUUUCGAAUUCAAUAAUCCGUUCACAACAGAUCGGUAAAUGGCUGGAGGCAGACGAAUCAAGAAUUCUCAAUGUUGAGCCAGCGACUCCGGCUGAGUCUUUGAUUAAUCCCGUCUCAUUUGCCAGCGCGCUUUUGGUCACGACUCUUCGACUGCCGGCUCGAUACGCAAUCCUGGCAUUCUUUUGUAUGCACCGGAACAAUGACGAUCAUUCCGAGGAGAAUUCGGGCUCGAUCGCUCUCAUCAAAAGCCUUAAUGCCCAGUUACUGGCCUUUGUGGCUGAAUUUCGGCCUCAGGUGGAUCUAUCCAAGAUCCAGGAUCUCGAAUACUUCCGGAAAGCGAGGAAGUCCUUGAAAGAAAGCCUCAAACUGUUCGGCACAUUGAUUGAGCUUCUGCCCGAGGACGACAAGGUCUUCAUCGUGAUCGAUUCACUAUCGCGCCUUUCUGGCAGUGCGACAAACGAGGACAAAGUCAUCAACCGCUUGGGUCGAAUCGUCAAGAAAGAGCACGGGCCUAUUGUCAAGAUCCUCGUUACUGCCACGCUUGGAAGCUCGCGUGUUAGAAAGAUUGCAGAUGAAUCUCUGUUCGUACAAGAUUCAGCGAGCGGAUUCGGUGCACUGAAUGUUGAUAUCAUGAGAGGUGAAAUUCGAAAAUCAGUGGAGCCUCAGCCGAUAACUGACCAAAACGCGUCUGAGGAGUCUUCAGAUACAGAUAGUGACUAG